CCUAAGUGAUGCUGCAUUUGUUUGCAAUGGAAAAGACCAUCACUACUGCCCAACACAACAAAUUUGAGAAAGUAUUCACAACAGAUCAUGUAGAUGUAGCAAUAGCUGUAAAAGAUGAAAUGCUACCUCCUUACGGCGUCCAGCGCCGCCGGAUACACCGAGUACCACCGCAGCUACGGCGGAGGAGCGAGAGCCGCCGAGAGUACGACCCCACGAUCGUCUCGCUGGGACCGUACCACCAUGGCCAGCCGGAGCUCUGCGCCGCGGAGGAGGUCAAACACAGGUUUUUAUACCGCCUCGCUUCCGGAAGCGACGCCAACAAAGCCUCCCUCCACCGCAUGAUUCUCGCCCAAAUCGGCGAACUCAGGGCCUACUACGCCGACGAAGACUGCGUCGACCGAUUCAGCGACGGAGAACUCGCCACCAUGAUGCUCCUCGACGCCUGCUUGAUGGUGGCACUGAUGGAAGGCCUCGCCGGCGACAGCGAUGUCUUCCUCAUCUGGCACCAGUGCCUCGGCAUCGCCACGCUGCAUUUCGCAUUUCCCGAUCUAAUGCUGCUCGAGAAUCAACUCCCCUUCCCCGCCCUAAAAUUGAUCCUCAAUCUACGGCGGGGAAAGGAAGGCGCCGGAUUGAUCAACAGCUUCUUAAAUUGGUUCCUCGCCGGAGAUUUCAAUCCCGAGGGUGGAAAAAAGGGGUUGGAAUUGGAGGAGGAGGAGGAAUUACCUCUCCACCUUCUAGAAGCCUGCCACAGAAUGCUGGUGGGAUCCAAAUCCCCAAUUACGAAGAAAAUCUCUGGUUUGAAAUUCACGAAUCCAGAGCGCGACAUCACGAUCAGAUCCGUGAUGGAUCUGAAAUCAAAAGGGAUCGAGGUGACGCCGAGCUCGUCAUGCUCGAUCCGAGACAUCAAGUUCAUACCGGGGGCGUUCCAGAAGGCGGAGCUGCAGCUGCCGAGGCGGGUGGUGUGGACGCACGCGCUGAGCACGCUGUCGAACGUGAUCGCGUACGAGAUGUCGCCGGGGACGGUGUCCGGGUUCGAGGUGCUGUCGUAUGCCAACUUCAUGAAGGCGUUGACGGAGAGCGCGGAGGACGCGAAGGAGCUGCAGGAGCAGGGGAUCUUCGUAAACCGGUUUCAGAAUCAGCAGCAGCUGGUGGAGGAGCUGAGAGGCGUGGACACGUUUGGGAUGGACAACUCGGAUAUAUUCAGAGAUGUGAAGGUGGAGAUAGAGGAGCACUGCAAGAGCAAGGCCAAGACGUGGAUGGUCGAUCUUAUCCAUACCUGGUUUGCUACCCCAUGGACGGUCAUUGCCUUGUUCGCCGCCAUCAUUCUGCUCUGCCUCACCCUUGUCCAGACCUAUUUCACCAUUAAUCCUAUAACCUGAUCAUCAAUUCAUAUCCCAACUAACUUUAUUAAAUUUUCAUAUUCAUCAUCAUCGUCAUGAUUAUUAAAAUCUUAUCAAUAUAUACAGUUACAACAGUUCUACCAUUCAACUGCUACAUCUGCCCGCCAAAAUUGAUCGUUUAAGUUUUUGGAUCACCGAUGAUUCAUCCUCUCUCAGAAAGUAAAUCAAUAAAGUUUAGGAUGCUUGAUGGGGGAAAUAUUUGUCGUGCAAUUUAUUCGUUAGUUAGCUAUAAAAUUUGUUCC